GGCGGACCGGACCCGCCCCCGCGCUGCGGGAGCCGCGCGGCCACCGCGGACCGGACCGAUGAACAAAGACUUCAGGAGCCCCAGCUGAGCUCUUGCAGAGGCUUCUGACCCAGCUCAGCCAAGAGCUUUGUGUGGGUAAAGGACAUGAGUCAACAAAUGGUCUCUGUGAGUUGCCAGGAGCUGCUGCCCUCCUUGACCAGCUCUUUGCUGCUGGAGAGUGUUGCCAGUGCCCUGCAACACAGCAUGUCACCAUCCCUUCUGCAGGGACAUGGCACUGAGAAGGUGUCCAGCUCCCCAGAAGGCUCUGGCCAUCUCCUUGCAGACAGCACCAGCCACCUUGAAGCCACCUCACUCCCCCUGCCCAGUGCUAAGGGGGAAGACACAAAACCCCAAGAGACUGUCUGUGAGGCUCACCUCAAGCUGCCUGACUUCUGCAGCAGCCUCUCCCAGGACUUCAUUCCCACCCUGGAGGAGAUUGAGGAGUUCCUAAGGGAGAAAGCUGAAUUCCUCAAAGAUGAAGCAAGUGAUCUUGACCCGGCUGGAGGGAAGGUGAGGAUCAAAUCUGAGAUCAGCUUAGGUAGCUGUGGGAGACAGCCUGUCUCCAGCGUGGCUCAAGAAGAAGAGGUCUCAAAUGCUGCCCAGCCUGGAGGGACAGCUGGUGGUGGUGACCAGGCAGUGGCUGCUGGAAGCAUUCCUGUUGUCCUCCAAAUCCAGCCUCUCCAGAUGGACAGUGGCAGCCUGCUUGUGCAGAGUGCUGCCUGUGGUGCCAGCAUGGCCCAGCUGGUUAUCAGCUUGCAGGGCCAAAACUUGUCCCUCCUCCCUCAGGUCCAGCCCCCUGUGACCAUCACGGACCAAAAGUACAUCAGAAUUGCCCCCCUGCCAGUCACCAUGAGGCCAGGGGCUGUACAGGAGAUGGAGGUGACCCCCAGGUGUCAGAAAUCCCUCCCUUCCCUCCUCCGUGUCCAUCAGUGCUCCCACCCAGGCUGUGGCAAGAUGUACACCAAGAGCUCCCACCUGAAGGCUCAUUCCCGGCGGCACACGGGGGAGAAGCCCUAUCCCUGUGCCUGGCCCAACUGUGGCUGGAGGUUUUCCCGCUCGGAUGAGCUCUCCCGGCACCGGCGCUCCCACUCUGGUCACAAGCCAUACCAGUGUGUCACCUGCCUGAAGAAGUUUGCCCGCAGUGACCACUUAGCCAAGCAUGUGAAGACCCACCAGGGCCAGCCCAGCAGCCCAGGGACACUGCAGGGCAGAAGCUGACUCCUGACCAAGCUGCUCAUCCUCGCCAGGCUGAGCCCAGGAGGCCCCUGAAGCCAGGCAAGCAGUGCAAAAACCACUGCACUAAUGAAGAAGAGUAACGAGGAAUAAAUUCUAGGAGAUGCAGUGUUGUAUCUCUAUUGAAGGAUGACCUUCACAGCCUGUCUCUGGUGCUACUGACCCUCUCUUAAAUAUAUGUGAUGGAAACUUAA